AUGUCACCUGAGCAAAUCAGAUAUUUUGUUGAACAUAACUUGGGCCCAACUCUCGCAAAAGCGGGCUAUAAUAAGAAUAAACUAAAACUAAUGAUUUUGGACGACAACACACCAUUCCUGGCCAACUGGACGGACAUUGUUCUGGCCGACAAUAGACUGGCACACGUGCUUUAUCGAUGGCCCCGGAAAUGGAAAGUGGUCUUAUGCGGAACGCAAUUAAAUCAUUGGGCCGUUGGUUGGAUUGAGUGGAAUAUGGCACUGGAUCUGAGUGGUGGUCCCACUUGGUUUGAAAGGCAAGGCUGUGGUGGACCCGUAUAUAUUAAUCCUCUGAAGGGUGAGGCCUACAAACAGCCCUCUUUCUACGCUUUGGGACAGUUUAGUAAAUUUAUUUCACCCGAUUCUGUACGUAUUGGACACGAGUUGGUGUCCAGUGUUGACGACAUACACGUAUUGACUGCCAAACGGCCCGACAAUGGAGUGGUAGUCGUUGUACUCAAUAGAGGCGACGAUAACAUGGAAUUGAAUCGCCGGCAUAUCGACAACUCGGACACCGUAUGUGUCUGUAACAGUACUUAUUGCGAUGACUUCCCACCGAUAGUGCGGCCAAAAGUUGGUUAUUUAUUGGUCUAUGAAAGCAACAAAAACGGCGAUCGCUUCAAACAGACUUCCCUUCAAUUCAAACCUCUCUCCGGCAAAAAUAAUUGUCUCGAAAAAUGCAAAGAAAAUGAAAUCACAAUAUCUGUGGAUACGAAUCAUGAGUACCAGAAAAUCUAUGGUUUUGGCAACGCUUUUACCGACUCAGCCGGUUAUAUGUUGAGUUCAGUGGACCCAUCCCUGGCCACUGCCAUCAUAAACAGCUAUUUUUCUGAUAAUGGUAUUGAGUUUUCCUUCGGAAGGGUUCCCACCUCUGGCGCCGACUAUUCCCUGCGUCCCUAUACUUACGACGACACCUAUAAUGACUUUACUCUCGAAAACUUUUCAUUACAAAAGGAGGACUUUGAAUGGAAAAUACCAUACAUAAAACAAGCACAGAGUGUCUGUCCACAUACACUUAAGCUGAUUGGCAGUAACUGGAGUCCACCCGUUUGGAUGAAACAAAUUGAAGAAUUUAUAGCUUUCAGUGAACUUAAAGGAGAUGUCGGCGGACAGUACUAUCAAAUUUUGGCCAAUUAUUUGCUAAAGUUUCUUGAGGCAUAUAAAGCGAAUGUCAAAUGGGUUCCCACCUCUGGCGCCGACUAUUCCCUGCGUCCCUAUACUUACGACGACACCUAUAAUGACUUUACUCUCGAAAACUUUUCAUUACAAAAGGAGGACUUUGAAUGGAAAAUACCAUACAUAAAACAUGCACAGAGUGUCUGUCCACAUACUCUUAAGCUGAUUGGCAGUAACUGGAGUCCACCCGUUUGGAUGAAACAAAUUGAGGAGUUUAUAGCUCACAGUGAACUUAAGGGAGAUGUCGGCGGACAGUACUAUCAAAUUUUGGCCGAUUAUUUGCUAAAGUUUCUUGAGGCAUAUAAAGCGAAUGGUAUAACCUUUUGGGGACUGACCACUGAAAACGAACCCAUUGAAGAUCACAAACUGAAUAACUUAAAAAUGUUUCUUGAGGCAUAUAAAGCGAAUGGUAUAACCUUUUGGGGACUGACCACUGAAAACGAACCCAUUGAAGAUCACAAACUGAAUAACUUAAAAAUGUCAGCCAGUCAAAUUAAGCAUUUUGUUGAAUACAAUUUGGGCCCAACACUCUCCAAAGCUGGUUAUGAUAAGUCUAAACUAGAAGUUAUGAUCAUUGAUGACAACACACCAUUCCUGACCAAUUGGACAGACAUUAUUCUGGCCGACAAUACUCUGGCACAGUAUGUGUCGGGUAUAGCCAGCCAUUGGUAUUAUAAUGAGGAUAUUGGUGGCGAAGCUGUAUCAGAGAUACUUGAAUAUAUCCAUGAUAAACACCCGGACUAUUUUAUAAUGAACACUGAGGCCUGUAUUCUCGAUGGGCCCGGCAAUGGCAACUGGUCCUACGCGGAACGGUAUGCUUUCGAUAUAAUCAAUAUAAGGGAAAGGCAAUUAAAUCAUUGGGCGGUUGGUUGGAUUGAGUGGAAUAUGGCACUGGAUCUGAGUGGUGGUCCCACUUGGUUUGAACGGAAAGGCUGUGGUGGACCCGUAUAUAUAGACCCUGUGAAGGGUGAGGCCUACAAACAGCCCUCUUUCUACGCUUUGGGACACUUCAGUAAAUUAGUUUCACCCGAUUCUGUACGUAUUGGACACGAGUUGGUGUCCAGUGUUGACGGCAUAUAUGUAUUGACUGCCAAACGGCCCGACAAUGGAGUGGUAGUCGUUGUACUCAAUAGAGGCGACGAUAACAUGGAAUUGAAUGUGAAUUAUCAGAAUAAUUGGGUCACUCAUGGAAUACCCGCUCAUUCCAUACAGUCUUACAUUUGGUAUGAAACGAGUUCCAGUGAUAUAGGUACCAGUACCAGUACCAGUACCAGUACCAGUGCUAUAGAAAAAUAUUAG